AUGAAUGGAGUUACUGGCACAGCUACAGUUCAAGAAUAUUAUGAGGCAUGGUACUCAUUUAAUACAAGAAAUGAAACAGAAGUGAUACGAUUUGAAAUUAAUGGAGCAACAUUUGAAUUUGAAAAGAGUUUACUAAAUAAUAGAAGAAGUGUAAUGAGUGUCAUAGGAUUUUUAGCUGAGAAAAAGAAAGAAAGUAUUGAACGUGGAGAAAUAAUUAAAAUUCCAGGAAAUAAAAAAGAAGAAAAGCAAUGGAAAAUAUAUUUUGAUUAUUUAAAAGGAGAAUCAACAUAUGACAUUGAAUUAACAAGUCGUAAAGCAGUUGAACGAAUGGUAAUAUUAAUGUAUUUUGGAGUUGCCAUUCCAGAUAUAUUAGUAUAUUUAGGAGUUACAAGAGAAACAUUAUCUGAAAUAAUGGGAAAAUUUUUAAGUGUAAUGGAUAGAAGAAUGAUAGAUUGUUUAAAAAAGAUUGAUGGAGAAAAGAAAUUAGUAGAAUACAUUAAACGAGGAGCAUUACAUAUUUCAUAUUAUGAUUUAAAUGUAUAUAAUUCAAAUGAAGAUAAUAUAAAAGAUAUUUGUCAAUAUUAUGGAAUUAAUGAACAAGUAGAAGAGACGGUAAAAAGAAAAAAACAAGAAAAUGAAGAAAAACUAUUAGAAUUAAAUAAAAAUGAAACUAUGAGUAAAAUUUAUGGAUCAUUAAGAGUAAGAAAAGAAAAUAUUCAACCAAAAAUUGAUAUUCAAAAAAUUAAUAAAAUGAGAGAAUUAUUAGCUAAAAAGAAUAUUAAAAUUAGUAAAAUACAAAUUGAUCCAAUAGAAGAUAUUAAAUCAUUAGAAUUUUGUCAAAGAAGAAUUAGUACAGUUGUUGUAAUGGAAAAAUAUCAAAUUAAAAAAUUAAGAGAUAGAAGAAAAGAUUUUAUAGAAUUUGUUGAUACUGAAAGAAAUUUAGUUAAUAAUAUGAAAAAAUUGAAUGAAUUAUAUAGAAAACCAAUGAUAGAAGCAGCUAAAAAUGGUCAACUUAAUGAAAAAGAUAUUAAAAGAAUAUUUACUACAUUAGAAAAAUGUAUUAUUAAUUCAGAUAAAUUUGAAAAAGCAUUAAGACCAUUAGUUAAUUCAUUUAAAUAUGAUACAUGUGUUGGUAAUGAAAUAUUUAAAAAUGCUAUAUUAGUUACACCAUAUUUACCAUUUACUACUGAUUAUAAUAUUGCUGAUAAAGUAUGGAAAAAUAUUAGAGAACUUCCUAUUAUUCAAGAAAUUAUUUCUAAAGCAAAUAAAGCUCAAGGAGAUAGUCCUGCUGAUUUUCCAACAUUACUUAUUCAACCUGUACAAAGAACAAUGAGAUAUCCAUUAUUAUUAGAAACAAUAAAAAAACAUACUCCUCCAAUGCAUCCAGAUUAUGAACAAAUUGUUAAUGCAGAACAAAUAUUUAAAUUCUUUAGUAUGACUAUCAAUCAAAGAGCAAAAAUGAGAGAUGGAUUAAUGGAUCUAGCUGAUCUUUUUAAUAAUGAUGAUUUAAUAAAAGAUGGUAGGUAUUUAGUUAAUCAAUCAGAAAUUGAAAUUAGUAGAGAAAAAUAUAUGGCAUUUUUGAUGAAUGACCAAAUUGCAUAUGUGAAAGAAAAAACAUAUUCUCAAGCAAAAACAACAAAAACAAAAUCUAAAGUUAAACCUUCUAUCAUUUCAAUUAAUAAAGAUAUGUCAAUUGAUCAUAGCUCAAAUUGUAUCUAUUUCAGAGAAGAUAUUUUCAGAUUUGAAAAUGAACAAAUAUGUUCUCAAUGGGUAGAUGAGAUUCAAGGAAUUAUUGAAGAUAAAUUUUAUGAUUUACUCAAUGACGAAGCUUGGUAUAGUCAAUAUCUCAAGAAAUAA